GUGCACUCGUUGUUUAACGUUUAAAAAUGUUGACGGAAGCCGAUCAGCUGUUUUGGGGGUGUUUAAUAUUGCCCCCGGCGACUUGCAAAACGCUAUCUAAAGUCGGGAUUAUUAAAUGGCGUUUAAAGUGAUCUCUUUGAGAUAACGAAAAAUGGGUUCAAGCAGCGGUGGGAAAAAGAAGUUCGUUAACUUUAGGAACAGGCAGAGGGCGAAUUUGAGUUUUUUUAUCGUCGUUAUGUUUUUCGGAGUGUUUGGAAUUAUCGUCUUUACGGAAAUAUUUUUCAUUGACGAACGAGAUAGGGCGUCGGGCGUUAUAGUCAGACACGGAGCCAUUUCUUAUCACGGAAAAACGCCACAGAAAAUCGACUACGAGGAGGGAUUUCAGAACGAUGACUACAUUUCCGUUCGCGCCGGUCAGGCGAUGAUGAACGAUGGCGGGUUCGGUGCAUUUCUCGUCGGGGGAAGACGUUCCGGCCAUUUUCCCAAUCUCGAGAAUGCCCAACCGGCAUUCUCCAAGCUGAUUUCAGACAUGCAAUUACCGUCGUACCCAGACAACUCCACGAUGUCGGAAGGUUCGUGGCAAACUGUUAACGGAACCCGCUACAAAUUUUUCGUGUUUUCGGCCUACUAUGACCCCAGGAGGACGCAAAGGUUCAUCCGCGUAAUAGGAGCCACAAAAACAAGAGGUCCUGAGGGCGUCUGGUGUAGGUACAGGUACAAGGCCGAAGGAAAUGCUACAGCAAAUUUCUCCAAGAUCGUACCGGCUAAGAUAAAAGUGAUCAGAGAAAACUGGAAUCUUAUGUACAGUGCGUGUUUCAUCAUGUGUCCUCUGCAAAACCUCAGUGUACCGUUAAGCGUCAGCAUCGUUGCCAGACUAAAGGACCCCCCAUCUAACAUGAUUACCGUCAUAAACAAUUACAACGAGACGUGGAAAUCUGUGGGCCUCGACAAGCGUAAUUGGAAAUUUGCGGUUUGCGUCAAGCCGUUGCAUUUUAAUUACAACAAGGACAUUCAACUGCUGGAGUUUAUAGAACUGAACCUACUGAUGGGAAUAGAACAUUUCAUACUGUACAAUCAUACCGUUGGUCCCCAAGUAGAUUGCCUACUCAGGGAUUACAUCGCGCGUGGAGUUGUGACAGUUUUGCCGUGGAAUUUAAAGAUCGAGUCCCAGAAGGAAAUACGCACGGAAGGCCUGUUCGCAGCCCUUAACGACUGCCUUUAUAGGACGAUGUACAAGUUCACGCACGCGCUUUUGAUAGAUUUCGACGAAUAUGUCAUUCCUAAACACAACGACACCCUACCGCAACUAAUCGAUUACCUGGGUCAUCGACUUAAUACCGCAUCGACCGGCUCUUUUUCAUUCCAAAACGCAUUUUUCUACCUGCAGUGGAGCGACGACGACGACGUGUACGAUUUCACCGACCCCAUUUCGCCCAAUCUGGUGACACUGAAGAAGACCCGCAGGAAAACGAAACUUCACCCACACAAGCAACGUUCCAAAUAUAUAUGCCGCCCGGAACUGACCGUGGAAGCGGGCAAUCAUUUUAUUUGGGAAUUUAUACCGGGGCAUGGUACACUGAACGUACCAGCAGACGCGGCCAUACUGCACCAUUAUCGGAUUUGCGAGUUUGGUGGCGACGACUGCAUCAAAACUCAAUCGACAUUAGAUAAGACUGCAUAUCGAUAUCGAGAACGUUUAACCGGUACUGUGAGAGAACGUUACGAUGCGUUGAAAACGAAAUGCGUUCUGCCGCAGCCCCAGGCACCCCAAGCGAGGGUCUUCCACAAAAUACUAAACAUGUUGAAAGGCCAAAAGAGGAGAUAAUAAGCUUGAAUUUGACAAGAGAGUUAUUACAGAGGGUUUCGUGAUAUGACGUGACUGUAAGUUUUUGCCAUGAAACUACCAUGUUUCAAAUUGUACUAGGUAGAGUAGUACCUCAUAAGAUUAGUUUUAGGGAUUAGGCUCAAUGUGCAGUUUAUUAUAUUGUUUUUUCGUAUUUCCAAAAAAAUAUGUUAGUACAUAAUUUUGAACGUGCUCGGUAUCUACUUUGUGUAAGAUAUAGUCAAUAAUUAAAAGUUAAAGAAUAUAUUUUUUCUAAUUCUGUGCUUAACAUGCGUUUUGUGUUCGAUUGGAAAAAACAAAUGGACACAGGUCUUAAAAAAUUUAAAACCACAUAAUUUUUUAUUUUGAGAAGACAUUGAUGCUUAAUUUUUAGGAAAUUUUAUGAAGACUCAUGAGGCUGUGAUCAACAGAAACAAAGUGGGUUGGCUGGCUAACGAAACCCUAAUAUUGAAGUGUGGUUAUGUCAACAGUAUUAGAAAAGAAUUGUAUAUUUUUGUAAAUAUGUGGUAAACAUCAUAUAGAUCUGUAAGUUCAAGAAUAUUUUUACCAGAGGGGAAAUUAGUUGAACUUGUGUCACGUAAGACCAGGUUUGUUGUCCUAUUGAGUUCAAGUAGGAAUUGCCAAAUCGUCGUUAACAUAUUAAACAGCAUAUUGCAUAAACUGUUAACUCCAAAAAAGUUGAUAAGUAAUAAUAAAUCUUGUCGUUUUUUAUGAGACAGAAACUCAAAGAAUUGAUCUUAAAUUAGAAUAUAGAGAUUAUACAGUAUCUCAGAAAGCUUCUUAUCUAUUUUUAAAAAUAUUUUUUUAAGAUAUUUCGAAAAAAAAAUGUUACUUCUGAACUUGUGCUCCAGAUAUAUAAGUAGCAAUAACAAUAGUUCGUGAAUCGUUAGCGAAACCAUUAUUAUCGAGUGGAUCAUAUCAUCUGAUUUAAAAGCUUUUCAAUAGUUAAUGAGAUAAUUGCUUUUACGUUAAGGACGUUGCGCUUUCCUACAAUCGUUUGACAUUUAAGUCUGUAUUGGUUGAGUUGCUCAAUUCAAAUAGUGGCGAGGUUUAGAGAACAUUUCGAUCAAAGCAUAGCGAUUUUCAGGCUUUUUGUCUGUAUAUAGAUUCUGUAAUGCGUAAGCACAAAUAUCUAUAGAAAUAAUUUUUUAACUUGUAUAAGUACAUUUUCUACAAAGGUCGCCCCUAAAUGUUAAGAGAAUAUUUUGACAAAGGAAUCUCCGAACGAACACUGCAAUAAAUUUAAAUGAAGCAUUAUGUUGGGUUUUAUU